AUGGCCGAUCCCAGUGGUGCAGCGCCAGGACCUGGUCCAAAUGAUAUCUCAACAGCCAUCCUGAGGCCAAAGAAAUCUCCUAACCGUCUUAUUGUCGAUGAAGCGUCGUCUGAUGAUAACUCUGUUGCAACUCUCAACCCCGCCACAAUGGAGACUCUCCAACUCUUUCGCGGAGACACUAUCAUUGUGAGAGGCAAGAAGCGCCAUGAUACCGUCCUCAUUUGCCUCAGCUCCGACGACGUAGAAGAGGGCAAGAUCCAAAUGAACAAGGUUGCUCGUAACAACUUGCGUGUCAAGCUCGGCGACAUGGUCAACGUACACCCAUGUCUAGAUAUCAAAUACGGCAAACGUGUCCAUAUUCUCCCUUUCGACGACUCGAUCGAGGGCCUCAGCGGCAACAUUUUCGAUGUUUACCUCAAGCCGUACUUUUUGGAGGCAUAUCGGCCGGUCCGGAAGGGUGACACUUUCCUCGUCCGCGGUGGCAUGAGGACGGUGGAGUUUAAAGUCAUCGAGACUGAUCCAGCGGAGUACUGUAUUGUCGCGCAAGACACAGUCAUUCAUACAGAGGGUGACCCAGUCAAACGUGAGGACGAGGAAGCAAACCUGAACGAGGUUGGAUACGAUGAUAUCGGAGGUUGCCGCAAGCAGAUGGCACAAAUUCGUGAGCUCGUAGAGCUGCCUCUGCGCCAUCCACAGCUCUUCAAGUCCAUUGGUAUCAAGCCUCCCCGCGGCAUUCUGAUGUAUGGUCCUCCUGGUACGGGUAAGACGCUAAUGGCUCGUGCGGUGGCCAACGAGACAGGCGCGUUCUUCUUCUUGAUUAACGGUCCUGAAAUUAUGAGCAAAAUGGCGGGAGAAAGUGAAAGUAAUCUGCGGAAAGCGUUCGAGGAGGCAGAGAAGAACUCUCCUGCAAUCAUCUUCAUCGACGAAAUUGACUCUAUUGCUCCGAAGCGUGAAAAGACGAAUGGAGAAGUCGAGCGUCGUGUCGUGUCGCAAUUACUGACUCUCAUGGAUGGCCUGAAGGCCCGUUCAAACGUUGUCGUCAUGGCCGCGACUAACCGGCCCAAUUCUAUUGAUCCUGCACUCAGACGGUUCGGACGAUUCGAUCGUGAAAUUGACAUCGGCAUUCCUGACCCCACCGGCCGUCUCGAAAUUCUCCGCAUUCACACGAAGAACAUGAAGUUAGGGGAUGAUGUCGAUCUCGAGCAGAUUGCCGCUGAUACGCACGGUUACGUCGGUUCUGAUCUUGCAUCACUAUGCUCGGAGGCAGCCAUGCAGCAGAUCCGCGAGAAGAUGGAUUUGAUCGACUUGGAUGAGGACACAAUCGACGCAGAGGUGCUCGACUCGCUCGGCGUCACCAUGGAGAACUUCCGAUUUGCACUGGGCACCUCAAACCCAUCUGCACUGCGCGAGACGGUUGUUGAAGUGCCGACCGUCAAGUGGGCGGAUAUUGGUGGUCUGGACAAGGUCAAGCAGGAGCUCCAGGAGACUGUGCAGUAUCCCGUGGAACAUCCCGACAAGUUUCUCAAGUACGGUAUGUCUCCUUCGAAAGGUGUUUUGUUUUAUGGCCCGCCGGGUACUGGUAAGACACUGCUCGCGAAGGCAAUUGCCAACGAGACGCAGGCCAACUUCAUCAGUAUCAAGGGUCCCGAGCUUCUCACAAUGUGGUUCGGUGAAUCUGAGGCCAAUGUGCGCGAUGUGUUCGACAAGGCUCGCGCUGCAGCCCCUUGUGUCAUGUUCUUCGACGAAUUGGACUCUAUUGCGAAGGCUCGUGGCGGGUCGUCGGGUGACGGUGGCGGAGCUGGAGACCGUGUGUUGAACCAGAUCUUAACGGAGAUGGAUGGUAUGAACGUGAAGAAAAACGUCUUCAUCAUUGGCGCGACGAAUCGACCAGACCAGAUUGAUCCUGCGCUGUUGCGACCGGGACGUCUCGAUCAGCUGAUCUACAUCCCUCUGCCCGACGAGCCGUCGCGUUUGGCAAUUCUCAAGGCAGCAUUGAGGAAGAGUCCUGUUGCGCCCGACGUUGACCUCGGGUUCUUAUCGAAGAGCACGCAUGGGUUCUCCGGUGCUGAUUUGACGGAAGUGUGCCAGCGUGCAGCGAAGCUAGCGAUCCGAGAGAGCAUCGAGGCAGACAUCAGGAGAGCGCGGGAGAAGAAAGAAAAGGAAGAGGCUGCUGGUGAAGAUGCAAAGAUGGAAGAAGACGAAGAGGAGGAGGAGGAUCCAGUGCCGGUCAUCACAAGGGAACACUUCGAGGAGGCGAUGAGAUUUGCACGUCGGUCGGUAUCGGAUGGGGACAUCCGGCGAUACGAGAUGUUCUCGCAGAACCUGCAACAAUCGCGUUCGUUUGGAUCGACGUUCAAGUUCCCGGAGGGCGCUGGUGGGUCUGCGCCCGGUGCACCCGCGGCGGCGGGCAAUGCAGGGUUCGGUGAGGAGACGCAGGAUGAUGACCUAUAUGCAUGA